UUGAUGAUUCCCUUAUGAAUAGUCUUCCAUGCCACCUCUUGCAGCUUCAAAUUUCAUUUUUCACAGAGGGGAUUACCCUCUUCUCAUGCAUCAUUAGCAUUAUCGUUAUUGCUAUUAUUGUUGGAUGUGGCAAGAGAAAUUGACUCGUUUACUCGCCCUGCUACCUAUAUGUAUUUGUGUGUUGCUAAGCAUAAGAUACGGGCUUUAUGGCGAUUGUCACAUGGUUCUUGGACCUAACUCAUCGCGAUUGCUUAGGGUGAGUUCUCUGUUUGUGAAGCAAGUUGAGGUAAGAGAUGAUGACAAGACAGGAGUUUCCAUUUAUGGGUUCUCAGAGAAGCCUGAAUUAAGUGUAGAAGCCAAAUGGAGCUCGUCGAGAUUCGUGGUUGUUGGAUCAUACAGUCGCAAGGGGUUUUCUCUGUGGCUGAAUAAAGGUUCAAGAAUCAGAAUAAAAUGGCAAGCACAAAGCAGUAUUUUGAGUCAACUUGAAGUGUCUUUAAUGAAAGGGGAGCGAAAGCAUGAAAAAGUGCUGUCAACAAACUCUGCUAGAUUUGAUGUUUCAAAUGGAACAACAUAUGGUAUAGAAGCUGCAUACAUAAUUGAGGAAGAUGACAGGUACAACAUUGGCAUCACAAAUCAAAACUCCAAAGGUGUCAUACUGCUCAUGAAUGUGAACAUUUCAUCAACAAUGUACAACAUAAAGAAAGCAAAGAGUAUUUGUUCGACAAACAAUGGACCCUGUCGCCUCGAUCUGUCAUACCCUUCCACCCAAUACUUUGUUCUUGCAACACCUGAUACUCAAGACCUGUCUGGAAUGUCUGUUGCAAUAUCUUACAUUGCCCGUCUUGUCACUUAUGUUGGUAUUUUAGGAAUAGCUGUAAUAAUCAUUUGCUAUAUACUGAAAUCUUUGGGAGCUUGUGAUGAUGAUAGAUAUGCAGAAGAAACACCAGUAACAAGAACGAUAACCGAGCAUAAGGAAUUAGGACCAACUUAUGGAACAUAUGAAGAAGAGUCAAAUUCUGGAAAAUCAAGCUCUUGCUCUUCAGAGGAUUUAUAUGAUGGGAGAAUAUGUGUUAUUUGCUAUGACAAUCCAAGAAACUGCUUCUUUGUUCCUUGUGGUCAUUGUGCAACUUGCCAAGAAUGUGGUCAGAGGAUCAUGGAUGUUGAAAGUAGUAGGGUGUGCCCAGUGUGCAGAAGGCCAAUUCACAAAGUUAGAAAGUUGAUCAUUCCUUAAACAGGAGGAGGUUUUUUUUGUUUUCUGGAAAUUUUAAUAAAGUGGUGGACAUGUGUAAUCAGUAUCUAUGAACUGUUAGCAAUUCCAUAGGUUUGUAAACAGUAAACUGUAGAAUCAUAGCAAAAUUAAUGAUCCCUAGAGAGAUGACCAGUUAUUUGAAAUACAGGUUGUCAUUUGUGGAAACGAACGGGUUACAAGUUCGGCCUGGUUUUUUUUAUGGUGUCUUAGGGGAUGGAUUGUUCUUUCUAAGGCAUAUUUAUUAGUGAGCUUUUAAGUA